UUUUUGUUAGGUAUGAUAUACGGGAAGGUCAGAUUGUGGCUCUUCAAGAGCUGGGUUUCAGCUGGACAUCAAUUGCUGCUUUAUUUGGAAUGAGCACACGGACCCUUUAUAAUCUCAGACAAAGAUUUGGUCUACUUUCAAGACAUCCAUUUAGUAGUUUAAGUAAUGAAGAAUUAGAUUCACUAAUACUACAGGUGCUGUCCUCUACACCAAAUGUAGGACAGACUUACAUUCAAGGAAGCCUUCAGAGUAGAGGUUUAAGAAUCCAAAGAAGAAGAAUACGAGAGAGGCUCAGAAUUAUUGAUCCAAUUGGAAGAGCAAUAAGGCGCAGACAAACAAUUCGUCGGAGGAUUUACAACAUUUCUUCACCAAACCAGCUAUGGCACAUUGACGGUAAUCAUAAAUUGGCCAGUUGGAAAUUCUAUUACCAUGGAUGUGUGGAUGGAUUCAGUCGGUGCAUUGUAUACUUAAAAUGUUGCACCAACAACAAAGCUGAUACCGUCUUCAGACUGUUUCAGGAGGGGGUGAACAACUUCGGCCUUCCUUGUCGUGUCCGCUCUGAUGCUGGACGUGAAAAUACAGAGGUUGCAAGGUUCAUGAUCCAGCAAAGAGGCCCUGGAAGGGGAAGUUUUAUUGUGGGUAGGAGCGUUCACAACCAACGGAUCGAGAGACUUUGGGCUGAACUGAACAGAGUUCUGACUUAUCACUACAAAGAUCUUUUUCAGUUUUUGGAGCAACAUUCACUGCUUGAUUCCACUUCUGCUGUAGAUAUCCAUGCUUUGCAUUACGUAUAUCUACCAAAAAUAAACAGAGCAGUGAAUGAGUUUGUCAAUCAGUGGAAUCACCAUGCACUCAGAACAGAGCGAAACUGGACACCACUUCAGCUGUGGACAUCUGGUGUACUGCAGCACACUGGAUGUUCAUGCUACAACCCACUGGAUGACUGCGAGGACAUCUUCGAAGAGACUUUUUCAAAUUCCAGUCCAGCUGAUCACAGAUCUGACAGUACACUAACACUGACAGAUGACCAAGAAGCAUUCUUAAGAGAGAGGGUUGAUCCGAUGGAAGAUGAUGGCAACUAUGGUAUUGAGCAGUACAUCUUGGUUAAAUCACACUUGCAAAUGCUGUUAAUUUGAGUGUACCGAAACGGUAACACUUUUUAUAAUAGCGUUCAGUUGUAAGUCAUUUA